AUGUCUCUUCCUCUGAAGGCCAAAGUCUCUAUCCGUGAUAACUGGACCAACCCUGAUAGCCCUGCUCAGAAGUCCAUCGCAAAGCUUCAUGGUGUGCUUGGUCUCGAUGUUCACUGCGAGCCGCAAUGGCAAAUUCUUGUGACCGAACUCGAAAAUGUUUGGGAAGAUAAGCAUCAACUGGUCGCCUCAGUGGCAUCGUUUGUGCAGACUUGGGUUGAGAGUUUUACAGAGAUUGCAGAGAACGAGGAUCAAGAAGCUUGGACUUAUAAGCUCCUUAACAAGGUCGAGGAACUGACACAGAGGUUGAAUCUGACAGUCGAGGCAUGUAUUACUGGAGUCUCAGAGAAUGAACGCCCCUCUACCAAGUGGUCUGACGCCAACCUAGGCUUUGUGAUUUAUGUUCCAAAGCUCAUGGUCUAUCAACCAGCUCAGUUCGGUGAAGUCUUCAAAGAACAGCUCCUAGAGGCUUUUGAUAAGAAGGAACCAUCCAAGUCGUUGCCCAUCCACUCCACUACCGGUGAUGAAUGGGCCGAUGUGGGAGUUGACGAGUCAGAAGAGCAGACGGCCAAGACAUCAAUGGCAGGUAACAAACCACCAGCUGUUGACUAUCUUCCAGAUCCAAGUACUAUGCCAAAGCCUGGAUCACUGCUCCAAAACGCACCAUAUCACCUCUUCGUGCGUGCUUCCGGCAGCAACAAUAUUGAAAUUGAAUGCAGCCACAGCCAGACCCUGGAGGUCCUAGCAGAAUAUUUGAAACGGUGGACAAGAAUCAAUCCGAACCAUACGAACAAGCCUCCUGCUGUGGAGAUAAGACUCAACCAUGUUACUAGCGGCUUUGGACUUGAAAACGACAGGCUCACAUUGAUCUGCGAGAAUCGAUAUGGAAAUCCCUUCACUAUCUCUGCUACUAUGAUUUUGAAUCUGGUUGAAGGAGUUUUCGGUUAUGAGCGGGUAUAUGGGGAUUCGUCUUCGUGGCACUAUCGCAGGGACACGCCGUUCAAGAAGCGGUAG